AUGGCACUGAGGUUGACUUCCCGGGUUUGCCUACGUCAGCUCUACGCACAAAGAAGGUGCCUGUCAAUGUAUUUCACAGAAGCACACGAGUGGGUCAAAGUAGAGGGUAAUAAAUUCAGAAUAGGAAUCACAGACCACGCCCAAGCGGCCCUGGGGGACGUUGUGUUUGUUGAGUUACCAGAACUCGACUCUGAGCUCGACGCCGGAGAGGAAAUAGGUUCGGUGGAAAGUGUUAAGGCUGUAGGAGACGUACACUGUCCAGUGGGGGGCAUUGUUCAGGCAGUUAACGAACAACUAUUAGAUAAACCCGGCAUGAUUAAUUCUUCUCCUGAGGAUGAAGGUUGGAUCGCUGAGCUUGAACUCACAGAUUCGUCUGAAUUGGACGACCUGAUGGAUAGAGACGGUUACGCUGCUUUCCUAGCCGACGGAGCAUAA